UAUUCCACCGGCUGGUGUUGUUUACAGUUACCGAUUGCAACGAAUUUGCGUACAAAAGAGUAAAAAAAUUCAUUUAUCAAAGAAUAGCUAGAUAUUUAGUGAAAAGUGAAGUUGUUUAUUAAAUUUUGCCCAAUAUGUUAAAUUUUUUGAAACAAAGCCGCAGAUUUGUGAAUUCGGCAGAGCCCGUUUGCAUUGUUUUGGGCAAUGAAUCGUGCGAUUUGGAUUCCGCCGUGUGUGCAGUCACACUUGCUUACCAUUAUCAGCAACAAAAAGUCGCCAGUAGCCACACCACGCGUAAUUUUCUGCCAGUCCUUAAUAUACCACGUCGCGAUUAUGCGCUUAAAACUGAAGUUAAUUACGUUUUCCAACAACAUGCAAUUAGCGACGAGCACUUAACUUUUCGCGAUGACCUACAAGAGGACUAUUUAACACGCAGUGAGUUUAUUUUGGUAGAUCACCAUGUUAGCCCUUUUGCUACGCGUUGCCUGGAAGUUUUUGAUCAUCGCACAUUUGAUGAGAAGGCACAGCUAUCAAACGUUUGCAAAUUACAUAUAGAAUUGGUAGGUUCAUGUGCAACGUUAAUAGCAGAAGAAGUACUUAAGUCUAUGUUAACCCCUGAAGCUAAAGAUACAGACACUGAAACACUUUUUACUUUGCUGCGCAGCACUAUAGUGUUAGAUACAGUAAAUUUCAGUGAGUCUGCUAAUCGUGCUACACCGAAAGAUUUUGAAAUGUGUGCAAAACUUGAAGAAUUGUUGAGUAAACUACCUAACAGCAAGCCUUUAACUGAGCGCACAAAAUUAUUCGACGCUCUAGUGGCGGCGCGUGCCGAUAUUAGCAGCUUAACAUCAAUGCAACUUUUACGGAAAGACUUAAAAAUACUUUCAAACGGCGAUGAUAGUGUGAAUAUUGCUAUACCAGGCUUUCCAAUGUUAGUGCAACAAUUCAUAGAGAAACCAGAUGCGGCAAAUGCAGUUAAAGCUUUCGCAGAGGAGACAAAUUCUGCCAUUGUUACUUUAAUGGGUAUGUUAGUCGAAAAUGGCACCGUGCAACGUGACAUUGGUUUGAUAGACUUCAAAUGCAAAGAACUAUGUCAAUUGAUAGAGAAAAAGCUUUUGCAAUCCACUGAGCCAGCGCUUUGUUUACAGCAUUAUGAAAAUUGCCAUUUUCUCAACGGCAGCUUCUAUAAAAUGGGCAACAUAAAAGCGACACGUAAGCAUGUGUUACCGCUGGUGAAACAACUUUUAGAUCAAACGCCAAAAUAGUUUGGGAAACGGAUUCAGGAUUCACAAAAUAAUUUUCUUUAUUACAUACUCUAUAAAAAUUCAUUUAAAAUCUUAAACAACCAAUUCUUCAAAUCUCUUCGGCACCAGCACCUUCAUCAGCAUUAUCUUCACCCAUGGCAUCAUCUUCACAGUCCAAAGCAAGAUCUUCCAACAUUUCUGCCAGCGUAAUAUGUGGCACGCUAUCGUUUGCGGCUUGCUUAUCAUUACUAUCAACAGGCAGUGCUUUCUUAGCAUCACGAUAAAUGUUAAUCUGUUUACGGUAAUCUACGUCCUCUUCCAAAUCUUCAAGGAAUUCAUGGAAGUCAUGUUUGCUGCGUUCAUCUGUUGCCUCAUCGGCUAAAUGACGUAACUUCCAAUUACGAUUGUUCGAACGUGUUUGACGAUCAGCGUAGCAUUUACGUACCAGCAACACAUCAGGGAUUUGAUCUGCAGACAAAUUCUCGAAUUCAGUGUUGUUCAAAUUCGCUUCACCCAAAUUGUAGCCCAUUACAUAAUCGCCUACCUUCAGCAAAUGACCAAGAUGUGAACGUGUGUGGAUCGUAUUUUCAUUUAUGCCCAACUCGGAAGAACGCACCACCCAAAUAUCGCAUAAGACGUGACGAAACGAUACGUGUCCUGUGCCGGGUAUAUGUUUACGAUCCUUAUCCAUGAUGGGUUCAAUAUCCAUAACAACAUAUUCCACCAAUUGUUUCGGAUCACACAGCGCUUCAAAAGGAUUGCGGAAAAACAUCUGUCCCGGCAACUCGGAUAUUUGCGCCGUCAUGGGAUCAAUUAGAUGUAUACCGGUAGCAACUUUAUACACCAAGCAAACUGGCGAAAGAUUACCCAGCUGUUGACGCAACUUCUUUGACAGACAAACUGCACUAUCCUUCGAUAAGGGCGCUAUUUCUACAGACCAUGUGUAUUUAUAAUUGAAAUUGUUGCUAUGUAUGUCAUGCGAAAUCAAACGUUUGGACGUAGUCACCUUAACUGGCACCAUAUAUUGCAAAAAGUCAACCAUCUUCUUUGCAUGAUUGAAGUUCGCAUAAUAGAAAUCCAAACCACCAUGCAAUGGCUUAAUGCCCAACGUAUUUUCGUGUGCCUUAUGUUUCAAAAUCAGCUGCUCCAAAUAGUAAAACGUCUUUUUGUUUUCCGCGCGUUGUCGCACCUGCACCAAGCAAUGCCAGAAAUCUUUCGCCUCGGUACGAUGACAAUCAUCACACAUUUGAUUCUGCACAGUGAAUUCCACGAUGAACACUUGUUGCAGCACGGUUCCUCCAUUAAUUUCACCAUGUACUGUCAAUUUGACUUUUAUGCGUUUGGAAUGUGGCUCUGUCCAGACGAAACCUGCAUCGACUAACUUGACAGCUUUUAAACCUUUCAACUUUUUCAAACACAAAGCCAGCAGUUCGCGCGACUCCAAUGCUGCAGAUACCCACUCGCCGGGCGGCUGUAAAUAGCGUUCACAGUUACGACAGAAAUGUAAUACUGCCUGUUUCGGUAUAUUUUCCGUGAUGUCAAUGUGAUUACGUAGACAGGUUACACACAUAUUGGAAGGAUUUGGUUCGAUUGGCACACCACAUUCGCAACACAAGAUCAUGGUAGUUUUUGUAGGCUGUGACGACGGUUCCAUGUACUCCAUGUUGCGAUUUGUAUUUAAAUUUUAAGAAACGAAAACAAAUGUAAGUAGUUAGAACUAUGCGACGCUGUUACUUUAAAAUAAUUUUUAUACGAGUUUUUUAUGCGCAGUUCGCUAAAAACUUUUGUUUUGAGACACGUGCAGAAAUGAAAUGCACUCAGCUGGCAGUCAACAUAAAUGAAAUUGACAUACAUGAAGCGUAGCCAACUAACAUUGCAAAAGUGAAUUGCUGAUUAUUGUGAAAUAUUGUGGUGCACAAUAGAUAUUUUCAUCAUCUUAUGUAAAAUAUAAAAAUUCAAUUGGAAAGUAAAGUAGCAAGCAUAUAAAGAAAUAUCAUCAAAUUUAUUGGUUUGUUGUGUCAAAUUAGUUUUUUUAAUAUAGCAUGCAAGCAAUUUCCAAUAGCGAUAUUCCUUAUUGCGCCAUAAAUUGACAGGUCGUUGUGGAAUUGGCAAUUUUUUAUAUUUGGAUAGUUGGCAACUCGACAUCCACGUCGCGGUGGUUGGCAACGCAUGGCUGAUUUAAAUUAAAAUAUGUAAGUAUGGCAACGCCGUGCCGGGCGCAAACACUUUCUGCACGGUUAUGGGCGCCUAGUACAUCGGCGACCUGCUGUAAACGAAUUUUCGAUUCUGAUUUCGACCAUUAUACGGCGUACGCACGUACAAUUUUUAUGCGAUUAUGUGCGCAAAUCUGAAUGCAAAUUAAGAGUUGGAACAAUUUAAAUAAAAAUGCGUUAUUUUUCUUAAUAAUAUAUUUGAUUUUAUAACAAUUUCAUAAUUUUUGAUUUUAGUGUAACAAUUUCUUUUGCUUGGCAAAUAAAUAUGCAAUAAGUAUUUAUCACGAAAUUCGGUACCAAUUUCACUGAGAAUUGAAUUUUAAAUUAUUGUAUUAAAUUAUAUUAAAAAGCGCCAACACUGUACAUGAUGAAGAGAUAAUUGUUAAACUUUGAGCUUAAUAUAUUAGCACAUAAAUUGAAAAUUUUCGAAAAUAAAAAGAAAUGUAUAUGUGGAAGCAUUACUGUAGUUGGCUUAAAUAUUGUGCGUUCACGCCUUCAACGAUUAUUUUAUCAAUUCAUAGCAUAUAUGUGUGGGUAUAGCCAAAAACUCAAUAGUUG